ACAUACAUACCGUGUCGAUACAUGAGUGUACACAGCUUUGGGCCGAACGUAAGUGUCGAAGUGAGGAGCUGGGCCAGCCUCACUUAGUGCGUGCAAUAGAACUUCUAGUAGGAGUAGUUCCAACAGCAGCAGGCCUCGCAAAGACAAGAACAAGACGAAAAGGAGGGGGAGGAAGAGCACGACCAUCGUCACCAUCAUCAUUAUCUCCACCAUCGCCUCCGCCAUCACCAUCAUCGCCAUCAUCAUAACAACAUUGAAUAGCAUCGUCCAGAUCGAUCUCGGCGAUCUGUGAGAUGAGGGCCUUUGAAGCUCGGGAGUGACCUCCCCACCUCCCGUGAAUGCAUCUCAUCUUGAGAUCUUGAGGGUGGGCUUCGUCCAAACCACCCAUCAUCAUCAUCAUCAUCAUCAACUAACUGGCGCCAUCCCAUCAUGGCUGGCGUCCGCACUUCCUCCCGGAUUGGGUAUGGGGUUGAGAUCGGGCCAAGCCAUAUAGACCGUAGGCCGGGAAAGGCCGCGUGAACUGAAUCCUGACUGUCGUCCGUUGAGGGCGAUUACCCCACUGAAGCCUGGUGAUUGACCCUCCCCCCCGGGCCAUCAAUGGCAGAUUGAGACUGAAUGCGGGCAUUGAUGCCUCAGAUCAACGGAUUUUGAUGGCUGGCCUUUGAGGCAGUUGGCCAGGUGAGCCAAGUUUCGGCGGUCCAGGAUGGAGCGAUAUCAAUUGAGUGCGGAUUUCGCCGAAAAGCAGCUUCAAGUGUUGGAGCGCAAAUAUGGCGGCGAGCAACGGGCGCGCCAGGCCGCACUCACCAUUCAACGCGCCUUUCGCAGAUACUCCAUGGCCAAGAAGUUUGCCGACCUCACCGCGCAUGCCAAAAUCGAGCGCCGAAUCAGUCGGCCCCUGGAUUAUCCCCGCAUAUCGGUGGCUGGAUCGUCUGCCGCGGCCACCGCCGUUUCGCACUUUACCACGGCCGCCGGGGGCGCCCAUCGCUCGCACCAUGAGGCCCGACACCAUUGGCCGCACUCCCGCGCCCCACCGGGUCAUUACCAGUAUCACAACCCCAAAUGCGUCCAUCGGCAGCGAAUUCCACCCGGCACCGUGCUCGAGUCGGGUCCGUCCUCGAGCUCGUCUUCGCCCGGCUCUCGUCCUUUGGUGUUGACCCACCAGGCCUCGGAAGGCGGAUUGGUCAUCCUACAGACCAAUGACGGGAGUGGGGGCGAUGCUAAUAGCUCGUGUCCGGACAUCCAGUCGUUUCCGUUGGACGAGACCUGCGUGUACUCGCACUCGCCCUACAGCACGCGGCAGGGCUCGCCUCAUCAGGUCCAUCCGCUCCCCAUGACGCACAAAAUCAUGUUGUCAGUGCGCUCGUCGUCCCUUCAACGCGACGAUCCUAACACGCCGACCGUUAAAAAGUCUAAUAGUGGGUCUUCGCCUCAUGCGACCGGACCUCACGUACCUCGACGGACUGUGUCCCGCCUGACGUCCCUGGACGAUGGGCUCAGUGCCAAGAUGUUGUCGGUCAGUUCAUCCGGACCCUCACUCAGCGGAGCCCAAACCUAUCCCAUCCUGGAUUCGAGCUUACCCGUUGUACCGAGUCCUGCCUUCGCCGAUGACACGGAUUCGGGUGGAUCCCGACGAGCCCAUCGCCGCGCACCACAUGCUCAUCACAACCUAGUGCAUCUUCACAACCAUCACCAUCAUCAACAGCAACAACAACAAUUACCCACGUCACCGCAGUCAGCUUCGCAAUCGCAGCACCUCGUGCCUGGCCAUCACCCUGGUUUAAAUAGUAGUGGGCAUGGUACGAACUUGUCAUCCCCGGCGGGCUCUGGGGGCUCGGCGGGUGGAGGGUCGCCUUCGGUAUCCGCGUCGAGUGGUACCACCCUGCUUUAUCGUUCUAGUGACGCCAAUACAUACACCGUGAAUGAAGUGCUCCGGAAACGGCACUAUCGGACUGGCUUAAACAUUUUUAAUAAGAAACCUGAAAAGGGCAUAGCCUACCUAAUCCGGCGGGGUUUCCUCGAGAAUUCGCCGCAGGCAGUGGCUCGAUUUCUGAUCACGAGAAAGGGGUUGUCCAAGCAGAUGAUUGGCGAAUACUUGGGAACAUUACAUAGUUCCUUCAAUAUGUCGACUUUGGAUUGCUUUGCCUCGGAAAUGGAUUUCUGCGACCUGCAAGUCGAUAUUGCUCUGCGGAAGUUUCAGACUUACUUCCGAAUGCCCGGAGAGGCUCAAAAGAUUGAGCGUCUAAUGCAGGUGUUCAGUGAUCGUUAUUGUGAGUGCAAUCCAGAGACGAUCGGCAAGUUUCACGAAGCGGGUACCAUCUUCAUCCUGGCAUUUGCCAUCAUCCUCUUGAACACUGACCUCCACACGCCGAGUUUGAAACCGGAAAAGCGGAUGAAAGUGGAAGACUUCAUUCGAAACCUUCGCGGAGUCGACAAUAACCAUGACGUGGAUCCGACCUUACUGACCGGGAUCUAUGAUCGCAUUCGGAGCCACGAGUUUCGUCCGGGCUCGGAUCACGUCACCCAAGUCAUGAAAGUUCAACAAACUAUUGUAGCCAAAUGCCCAAAUUUGGCCGUCCCUCAUCGACGGCUCGUUUGCUAUUGCAGACUCUAUGAGGUGUUGGAUCCCCAGAAAAAAGAGAGACCAGGCAUUCAUCAGAGAGAAGUGUUCCUGUUUAACGAUAUUUUAGUCAUGACCAAGAUUCAUUCCCGCAAGAAGAAUUCGGUGACUUAUGCCUUCCGUCAAAGCUAUCUCCUCGCCGGGAUGGUAGUAACUAUGUUUCAAACGCAAUUCUAUCCGUUUGGGAUCAAGAUCGCCCAGAAGUGGGAUGGUAAGACCAUUCUAAUGCUCAAUGCUCGAAACGAGCACGAUCGGUCCAAAUUUGUGGAGGACCUCAAAGAGUCCAUCGCGGAAAUGGACGAGCUGGAGACCAUCCGGCUCGAAUCCGAACUGGAGAAACACCGACAUUCCAAAAUAAAUGAGACCUGCGACCACCCCAUUUCCCCUCAUCGCCAACACCAACAGCAGCAGCAGCAGCAACAACAACAACAACAUCAAAUCAAUCUGGGGGAUUCACCCAAGUCAGAUUCGAGCCUGGCCAACGGAAAAUCACGCUCGCCCUCCACACAUUACAACAAUAAUCACCACCAGCAUCAUCCUUAUCACCACCACAAUGCCCACCUUCAUCACCAUCACCAUAACAACAUCAUCAACAACAAUAACGAAUCCAGUAAUCACAACAUGAAUCACCGAGGCGGGACAGGCUCCAUGGCCUCCAAUGGAGUCCAGCUCCGGCGAUCCGCCAUCAAUAAUAGUCUUUUGGAUCUCACGGAAGGUACGGCGGAAAAAAUGACUCGUCGAGGAUCGGUUGGCUCGCUCGAUUCGGGGAUGUCUAUCUCGUUUCAAUCCAAUUCCGUGGGCUCUUUUUGCAUCGGCAAUGGAAAUGCCAGUGGCGGCCGAAGGGAAGAACGGAGGCAAAAUGCCCAAGGCGUCCCGGGGGUGACGGGAUCUGGAACCCCUUCCGGUCAUAAGCAACCGUCGAAUGGCUAGAGAGCAAGCGGGCCACCCUAUGAGAGAUGAUGAUGAUAAUGAACAUGAUAUUCGAUCCCCGCGGUCCGCCCAACGGAUACUAUUAGAACAUGCAAUCAAUUGAGUAGAACGACUUAUAGGCUAUUUUUAUUAAGUUAUUGUUGCUGCUACUACUAGGUAUGGUGUUGUACUCUUGUAUCAUCUUACUCCAUCGAAAUUAUCUUUUACUAGUCAAAAAGAAUGAAAUAGAGCACUAUAUCCUCUGAA